AUGAAAUGGAAAAAGCAUCACAAAUGUAUCUCAUUCACCCCCACACAGCAUGAAGCACUGGAGGCUCUGUUUGGCUACAACAUGUUUCCAGACAAAAAUCUUCAGAGAAAACUUGGUUUAAAAUUCAACCUACCAGAGUCAACAAUAAAGAUCUGGUUCAGGAACUGGUGGUUCAAAAUGAGGAAGCAGCAGCAGCAACAGCAUCAGCAAUCACUCAAGCCACCAAACCAGACUCUUCCAGCCAAGAAGAUACCCACAGCAUCAACUAGUCCUCAUUAUUUUUUCCCUGAAGUUUCAGAUUCCUCUAGCUUCCUUUCAGUUCAACCUGUAGGCCCUUUCCAGUGGGCAGGGAACUCUAUCAUCACUGAGAGUCCUACAAGCGAUGUUCAAAUGCAAGAUCCUCAAUUGGAGAGACUAGUGGCCUCCAUUCCUGCUUUAUACUCUGAUGCCUAUGACAUAGACCAAAAGGAAUUGUACAGUUUUCCUGAUGAGGAUGAGAUAGACAGUUCUUCAUUCCACUCUCUGUAUCAGUAUCUCUCACCAACAAGGCCCAUGGAACAGAGUUCUUCUCUUAGCAUCUUUGCCAGCCCAGCUGUAGGCUUAUCUCCCAAGCAAACCUGGUUCAGCAUGAUAAGCUGGAGCUUUGCAGCCUACAGUCUAAGAGACAGACUGGAAUUCCAGAAGCCCUCCAGUAUGGUGGACUUUCUCUGAUCAAAGUACUAACAAAUCAGACAUUACAGAAAAGGAUCUUCUUGCAUCUUGUAUAUGGCUGUUUGUCUUAACCCAAAUAUCUGGCUCAGUCUUGAUUUGAUGUCCAUGCAAAUGUUGUAAAAACUAGUUUCCCCCAAGUAUAGCUCAGUAUUACACAAUCAGCCCCACAAGUUUCCCUAGAGAAGGCCUUUCUAGUCCCUUAGAUGGCCAAUGAGACUCCAAAAUUCCCUCUUCACAAAACUAUCUUUGACUUUUUAAAAGAAGGUCAUCAGCCUUUAGGGCUCAUCCUUUUUUCUUUUUCUUUU